GUCCACGGAAAGCUUCGUCUCGAGGUAAUUUCUAGGUCUUGGGUGUGGCCGACAGGGAAAGUCGGGUUGUCGCAUUGGUUUAGCGGGACGAACGGGUUUGCUAGCAGACAGAGAGAUUCAUGGCGUUCACGCAGUAAGGGUCGGCUUCUGCUCGAUUCCAUGUUUCCUUUCUUUCGCUGAUCAACGGAAUAGGACAAGUUUGCCUCGUGUGGGUUUUUUCCAGCUGGCUGCGACUGCCGUGCUUUUAGAGGAUCAAAUAGUCGGUUAACCAGACGGAAAGUGAGUCUUUUUUCUAAAUGGCAGAAUUAGUAGUGUUUCGGAUCUCAUGACUGUCCUCACUUAAGCAGUUCCUGCAGUCCGUUCGAGAUCCCAGGGGUAUAGCCUCCCCUGCCGGCCAUAUCACCUCCUGAUUCGCUCGCUAGGUGGACCGAAACCAAGGAUUGCCUGGCUGCUGCUGCUGCCGUUGUUGCCGCGGCUCUGUUUGCGGGUGCUGUGAGAGCCUGUCGCCAUGGGCUGCUUCGGCAGCAAGCCUGCGACGUACGACCAUUACGAUACCACCGCAGCCACAAAAGCCACGGCGCCGAAGCCGUCAGGCGGGGCGCGGGGGACGGCGGAGAUAUCGGUGCCGCGGAUGGCGAUAGCAGACUUCAAGGCGAUGACCAACAACUUCAACCCGCAGAGCAUGCUGGGCGAGGGCUCCUUCGGCCGCGUGUAUCGCGGCGACCUCAACGGCCGCGCCGUCGCCAUCAAGAAGCUCGACGCCGGCGCGCAGCCCGAGGAGGAGUUCGUCGACGGGGUGGCGGUGGCGAGCAACCUGCGGCACGCAGGCAUGGUGGAGCUGGUGGCGUUCUGCUGCGACGGCCCGCAGCGGGUGCUGGUGUACGAGCUCGCAGAGAGAGGCAGCCUGCACGACAUCCUGCACGGGCGGAAGUUAGCCAUAAAGACGGAGGAAGCCCCCAUUACUCUGACGUGGCAGCAGCGCAUGAAGAUCGCGCUGGGCGCGGCGACGGGGCUGGCGUACCUGCAUGAGGAGGCAAGCCCGCCCAUGGUGCACAAGGGCGUCAAGUCCAGCAACGUGCUCGUGUUUGAGGAUUUUACUUCCAAGAUUGCGGAUUUUAAUGUGGCGAAUGAGGCGCCUGAUCAGGCGUCCCGGCUGCACUCUGCGCGCGUGCUGGGCACGUUUGGGUACAACGCACCAGAGUACGCGACGGUGGGGCAGCUGACGCAGAAGAGCGACGUGUACAGCUUUGGAGUGGUGUUGCUGGAGCUCCUCACAGGCCGCAAGCCCGUAGACCAGAACAUGCCCCGAGGCCAACAGUCGCUCGUGCAAUGGGCGACGCACGGGCGGCUAGCGGAGGACAGGGUUAAACACUGCGUGGACCCCAAGCUCAAGGGCUCCUUCCCUGCCAAGGCCGUUGUCAAGUUUGCCGCCCUGGCAGCGCUGUGUGUGCAGUACGAGGCAGAGUUCCGGCCAUCCAUGGGCACUGUUGUGAAAUCGCUCAUGCCACUCGCACAAGAAGGGGCGGAUGGGGAAGACUGAUGGAGGCCGAUGGGGGAAAGAGGUAGACUGGUGGAGCAGAGAUGAAGGUUGAUGGAGGAAAAAGUGAAGCCUCAUUGCAGCUGACCCCUCACAGUCGCAGAAAUUGCACCCACCCACGUCAGACAUUGCGUUCCCAUGGCCCAGUGUGCAGAAAUCGAAAGCAGCGCUUUCUCCGUUAGUCCUUAUCAUUUAUGCUUGUUCGCUCCCCCCCUGCGCUCAUGCCCUUAAGAGGGUACUGUAGGUUUUACUUUGCCUAGUCUGUUUGUCCCGGCGUUAGUGUUUCCCUGUCAUCCGUCCUAGCGGGGGUGCAUUCGUUAUCACUUCCAGUUGCCAUGUACACCAUCAUCACUAUCCUGAGUCAUGUUCCACUACCUUGUAGUUGGCUGUGCCUGUGCUGUCAAACAUAUAUGCAUAUGUUAUAAUAGGCAAGA